UGAGUCUGGUCUACACUGAAUUGGGACCAAAGAGUCACUCAGAGGUCUGGGCUCAGUGAUGGAGAGAGCAGUGCAAUGGGUUGGCUUCCUCUUCCUGAGCUGCUUGUCAGUUCUCGAUGCCCGGGAUUUACCGAAAGUGCCUUCAUUCGGAGACAUCUACCAUGUUUCAGGGAUUCUGUCUUUGCCGUACGCUGAGAUUCGAGAGCCUUUUGAAGCCUGGUACAACCUGUCUGGGAGAGUUAGCCGCAUCGAGUAUUACAAUGGUCAGGUUGUAACCUUGCAGCAUGGGUUUGUGAAGCCUGCUGGCGUUGCCUACAAGAUCUCCCCGGAGACUACAGAGACCGAGAUCAAUGUCAUCAAAUGCUUCCAAAUGACAGGAACCCUCAACGAUCCUGUCGUUCCGCAAUCCGUCUUUCCCAAUAUGCAAAGUUUCCAGCCCAUCAAGGAAGAGGAUUAUGAAGGACAGCAUUGCACUGUCUGGCAAAAUAUUGUCUAUGAAGGAAAGAAGAAAAACACCUACACUAUUUGGAUAGCCAAUUCUACACAUGGUCCCAUCCCUGUCCACUAUCAAAUGAAGGGAUACAACACCUUGCUUCGUUCACACUAUGACAAGUACGAGGUAGACUACAUGGAUUUGCACCACAACGUGGACCCAAGUAUUUUCAAACUACCUGAAGGCAAGACUUGUGGAGGGUUCCCAGGGCACAGCGUGGAGCACAGAAUAUUGGCUAAUCCUAUGAAGGAUUUAGUUUCCACUGAUCAGGAAGAUCGAGCUCAUCAAUUGUUCCAGCAUUACAAAGAGACGUUUGACAAGGAUUACGACGAUGAUGAGAAAGAGCACGAGCUUCGAAAAACCACUUUCGUCCACAACAUGAGGUACAUCCACUCGAUGAACCGGGCAAACCUGACCUACAAAAUGGAAAUCAAUCACCUCGCUGAUCAGACUACAGAUGAGCUGGCUUCCAUGAGAGGGAGACUGAUAAGCAGCGAGCCAAAUAAAGGUCGGCCUUUUCCCGCUGAGCGCUACGUGUCAGUUAUCGUGCCGCCCAGUAUGGACUGGAGAUUAUACGGUGCUGUGAACCCCGUCAAAGAUCAAGCCGUGUGUGGCUCCUGCUGGAGUUUCAGUAUAACGGGUGUUUUGGAAGGAGCGCUCUUUCUGAAGACGGGAGAUUUAAUUUUGCUGUCUCAACAAAUGUUGGUGGACUGUACAUGGGGCUACGGGAACCGGGCCUGCGAUGGAGGUCGGGAGUGGCAGACAUUUGAAUGGAUCAUGAAACACGGUGGAGUUGCAACUGCAGAGUCUUAUGGUCCUUACUUGGGAGAGAAUGGAUUCUGCCACUACAACGACUCUACGAUGACAGCCAAGGUGAAGUACUACACCAGUGUUACGACAGGGAACUCCGAAGAGUUAAAGAUGGCCAUCUUCAAAAACGGACCUGUGUCUGUUGGGAUUGAUGCUGCACAUCGAUCCUUCAGGUUUUAUAGCAGCGGUGUGUAUUAUGAACCGCAGUGUGGAAACAAACUGUGGAACCUUAAUCACGCUGUGCUUGCUGUUGGCUACGGUACCCUGGACGGUGAGCCCUACUGGCUAAUUAAAAAUUCCUGGUCAACGUACUGGGGAAACGACGGAUACAUACUGAUGUCCAUGAAGGACAACAACUGCGGAGUUACUACAGAUGCGAUUUAUGUCACCCUCGAAUGAGUGGCACCUGAGAUUUCUAUCAACACUGGAUUUGAUUUACAUCUGUGCUUUUCACCCAGACAAUAUACUAGCAGGAAAAUCGCCCUGACUACAGUUUCCAGACUAAUACAAAUUUUGCCUUAGACUAGUAACCAGAUCGCUUUUUCUGUUUUUCUUUCCGGAUGGAUCCCUAAAUAAUGCAGUGUUAGAUUACAGUAAUAAUAGAGGUAAGAGAUACGGGACAUGCCUCUUGUAUAAUCACCUCAUCGUGAUGUCCAAUUCAUAAAUAAUCCACUUUAUUAUAGUGCUUGGAAGAGUUUUCAAAAAGCUCGACUACAAUUUCUGUGAAGUGCAGUGACUGUGUAGGUAUUAAGACAGUUAAAUUGGGCGCAACAGUGUCCAACAAACAGCCAUGGAGUGAAUGAAUGACCAAUUCUUUUUAAAAAUCUGGAGGAUUAUCAGGUAGGAAACCAGGAGAAACCUCCUUCUCGUUUUAGAAUAGUGUCACAAGAUCUUUAACAUCCAUUUGAACAGUCACGGACAGGACCUAGAUUUAAUGUCUAAUCUGAGGGACGACACCAAAUUGUAUUUUGAAAAAAAAACACAAUGCUUAUGUUACUUUCCUGGUAGAUUACUCUGUACAUUUAUUGUUCCUUGUGUAAAAGUUUUAUGAUAUCUGUCAAAAGUUUUAUUACACUGUACCUGCCCUCUACUGUUUCAGGUCGAGGGACGACAUAAAUGGUUAAACUGGUUUGUUUCCUCAUAUUUAAUUGAUUUACAAUGUAAUUUCGUCUCCCUAAUAAAUCA